AUGAAAGAUCCAACAACCCUAACGCCAGAUCAUCCCCCACYACCACCACCACCGCCACCGGGCUUCUCCCUCUUUCCAACCCUCAACCCACCACAAAAAACCCUAACGUUCCACCAAAUCUCCACCCUUCUCAUCACAUUCCUCGCCUACGCCGCCUUCCACGCCUCCCGGAAACCCCCCAGCAUCGUCAAGUCCGUCCUCGGCCCUGACCCCAACACAUCAAACCCCACCUCCGGAUGGCCCCCUUUCAACUCCGCCCGCGGUGCUCACCGUCUCGGCGAGCUCGAUCUCGCAUUCCUAUCGGCUUACGCUAUCGGUAUGUAUUUCUCUGGUCACGUAGGCGAUCGGAUCGAUCUUAGGGUUUUCUUAACGAUUGGGAUGAUUGGUAGCGGUGUUUUUACUCUACUUUUUGGAUUAGGGUUUUGGCUUGAUGUUCAUUUGUUAGGUUAUUUCGUCAUGAUUCAGAUUUGUUGUGGGGUUUUUCAGUCGAUUGGGUGGCCUUGUGUGGUAGCCGUAAUGGGGAAUUGGUUUGGAAAAUCGAAAAGAGGAUUGAUCAUGGGGGUGUGGAAUUCACAUACUUCUGUGGGUAACAUCAUUGGAUCCAUUGUUGCAUCAUCGGUUCUAGGGUUUGGUUGGGGCUGGGCAUUUGUGUUGCCUGCCAUUCUCAUUCUGAUUGUGGCCGUGAUUGUUUUCUUGUUUCUUGUUGUAAAUCCUGAAACUAUUGGUCUUGAGUUGCCUGAAGACGAUGAAGAAGAAGGGGUGGAAGUGAGCACUGAGGGAAUGUCGUUGGUUAACUUGCAGAAAGUAGAAUCCGAAGAAGAUGAUGAUAACGAACGAUUGGCUGAAUCUUCUUCAAACGGGGUUUCUUCUUCGGCUGCGAUCGGGUUCUUAGAGGCGUGGAGGUUGCCAGGAGUUGCACCAUUUGCAUUCUGUUUGUUCUUCUCGAAGCUCGUUGCUUACACUUUCUUGUAUUGGUUACCCUUUUACAUAAGGCACACAGCUGUUGCUGGUGUGCAUUUAUCUCAUAAAACUGCUGGAAUACUCUCGACGGUAUUUGAUAUCGGAGGAGUCAUUGGCGGGAUUUUGGCUGGAUAUAUAUCUGAUCUAAUCGAAGCUCGGGCAGUCACUUCAAUCAUAUUCUUGACGCUAUCAGUUCCUGCACUUAUUUUCUACCGUUUAUAUGGAAGCAUUUCUAUGUUUAGCAAUGUUUUCUUGAUGUUCCUUUCUGGGUUACUUGUGAACGGUCCAUAUGCGCUAAUUACAACAGCCGUUGCAGCCGAUCUUGGUACACAAAGCUCGAUUAAAGGUAAUUCUCGAGCGUUAGCCACAGUGAGUGCAAUCAUCGAUGGCACUGGUUCGGUUGGUGCAGCCCUUGGUCCACUUUUAGCCGGAUAUAUAUCAACAAGAGGAUGGAACAGCGUGUUCUUUAUGCUUAUACUAUCUCUAUCGAUUGCUGGUUUGUUAUUGAUUCGAGUUGUUAGAACCGAGAUUAAAGGGAAAGUAAACGAGGGAAAAUGGCUUCGGUUUAGUGCAAUUGCAUAUUGAGCAAGAGUUGAUCAGCCAUUCGUGUUGUAGUGUCGCCCAUGCAUAUUGUAUUUUUCUUCGGUAACCAUGGGUUUCUGAGCCAGCUUGCAUGCACUUCUACUAAUCUCAUAGUACCCUGAAGAUAACAGUCAGAAAAAUCAUCUGCAUUAGCCCUGAAACACAUUUAUUUGUCAAUUGAGCUGGCGUUUAUUCGUACCGUAAUUGGAGGCCUUUUUUGGAGCAGUU